AUGCAGCAUUUGCAAUCAAAUACACAACCUGUAACUGCUGGCAACCAUAUUGCGUCGAUCACCACAGCCCAAACCCAACAACCGAUUCCCUCUCAUCCCCACUCUCAUCAACAGCAACAACAGCAAAAUCAAUUACUCAAUGCAGCCGCAGCUGCUGCCGCGGCUGCUGGUGUCGGUGUCAGUGUUCUGCCAACCUCAAAUACCCCUUCUGGCUGUGAGUUAGUCAACUAUCACCAGCUUGCUGCCUUCACGAAUGCACUCUAUGUGCAGCAGCAACAGCAACAACAGCAGCAGCAGCAACAGCAGCAGCAACAACAGCAGCAGCAACCGCAUCCCGCACAUUUGCUCCAGUCGGGCCAAGUACAGACUCUGCCCAGUCAGCCCUCACAAGCGCAGCCCCAUUCACACCUUAUGCUUGCCGCCGCUGCAGCCGCUGCCACAAACCAUCAACUCAAUCCAGUAACCCAGCAGCUACCGGGACCACUGGCCUACCAGCCAGUUGCACAUGCUCAUCACACAGGACAAUCUGCCUUACAGCAACCGCAGCAUCAACUGCAAUUUCAGCAUCAACAACAACAGAGGCAGCAACACCAACAACAACAGCAGCAAUUGCUCCAGAGCCAACAGCAAUUGCACCAGCAACACUACAUACAACAGACUUGCCUGACCUGA